CCAUUGGCGACUUGUUGAUCACAGUGAGAGUGUGAGAGAGAGAAUCUCAUCAGACUCAGUGGCAAGAGUCUCCUCGCGUGAUAAGGAUGUCGUCCGCACGUUCCCGCGCUUUCCAUCUUUUGAAGUCUAUUUCAUCGGCCACGUGCCAAUGCCCUGCCCACUCAGCAGGAUGGACGCCCCACUCCACCAAGGCCGCCAAGACCACGGACUACGCAUUCGAGAUGGCGUGUUCCACCGUUCGCUAUGGGCCGAGGGUGACUCAGGAGAUCGGACAGGACGUUGGGGUUCUGGGGGCCAAGAAGGUGCUGGUCAUGACAGAUGCAACACUGGCCACCAUGAGACCAGUGGCGGCUGUGCUGGACUCUCUUUCACACCAUAAAGUGGAGUUUUCAGUGUAUGAUUCUGUUCGUGUGGAGCCGACAGAUUCCAGUUUCAAGGACGCAGCAAACUUCGCCAAGGCAGGAGGUUUUGAUGCCUUCAUUGCGGUGGGAGGCGGCUCAGUCAUCGAUACUUGCAAGGCUGCCAACCUGUAUGCAUCAGAUCCAGAGGCAGACUUCCUGGACUAUGUGAAUCCCCCCAUUGGGAAGGGAAAGCCUGUCACGGUCAAGUUGGCGCCCCUGAUUGCUGUGCCCACAACUGCCGGGACUGGGAGCGAGACAACAGGGGUAGCGAUCUUUGACUAUGAGCCACUGAAAGCCAAGACUGGGAUAGCCAACAGGGCACUACGACCAACACUGGGCAUCAUCGACCCCCUGCACACCCUCCUCAUGCCUGAGAGAGUGACGGCAUACAGUGGCUUUGAUGUUCUUUGCCAUGCCCUUGAGUCCUUCACUGCUAUUCCCUACCAGCAGCGCUCCCCCCGGCCUGAGCACCCACUCCUCCGACCAGCCUACCAGGGAUCCAAUCCUAUCUCAGACGUGUGGGCCAGACAUGCACUGGGUAUUAUUAGGGAUUACUUCAAGAGAUCAGUGUACAACCAGGAUGACGUGGAGGCUCGGUCACAGAUGCACUUAGCCAGUACCUUUGCUGGUGUUGGGUUUGGCAAUGCUGGGGUUCACCUCUGCCAUGGCCUGUCUUACCCCAUUGCUGGCGGUGUGAGGAAUUAUAAGGCAAAGGAGUAUCAGUGUGACCACGCGCUGAUCCCUCAUGGCCUGUCUGUGGUGAUGACUGCUCCAGCUGUCUUCACCUUCACAGCUCCCUUCUGCCCCGAGAGACACCUGGAGGCCGCCGCACUGCUGGGACACGACACCACCAAUGUUAGGAAGGAGGAUGCUGGGUUGGUUUUGGCUGACGUGUUGCGCAAGUACAUGUCGGAUAUGAAGAUAGAUGAUGGGUUGGAGGCUCUUGGGUUCACUAAAGAUGACAUUCCUGCUCUGGUGAAGGGGACACUGCCACAGCAUCGCGUGACAAAACUUGCACCGCGGGAACAGAGUGAGGAGGACUUGGCUGGCCUGUUUGAACACUCCAUGAAGGUUUACUGAGGCGGAGAAGUGCUGAGAUGAGAACAAGGUGUGCUGUGUUGUUGGGUGUAAUCUGGCAGCUAACACACACUUAGAUGGGAUAUAUUUUUAGUGUAUGGUAGUAGUAUGUUAAAAUUUGUAGAAUUGUAUCAUAUUUAAAUCUUGUUUAUUUUCUGGUGAUAUGUUACUCUUAUCAUUCCUUAUUGCUUAGAUUUAUUUUACGAACUUUGGGUAAAUUUAUUUCAAGUGUAUCCAUUGUGUGACUGAAGUCUUCUAAAGCUUUCAGAUUUGUGGCAUUUUUGUAUGAUAAGGUUUGGUUUAGUUUACUGACAGGUUGUAGUUCCAGUAAAUCUGUAUAUAACAUAUCCAUUGUAUUACUCAGGUCUUCCAAGAUACAGUUUCAACCUUUAUCAUAGAGUUAGAUCUUACUUCUCAUUUCCCGUUGUUUGGUUUUGUUUGACAGAUUCGCUUCAAGUGAAUCUGUAUGAAACAUAUCCAUUGCAUCACUUGUAUCUUCCAAACUCCAACUUUUAUCAGGUCAGUUUUUACUUAUCAUCGUCCAUACACGCUAAGCCCAUCCGUCUUAUCAGUAUAGAUAAGCUCAGUGCCAAAGUGUCAGGUAUACACAAUAGCUGGAAGGCUCUCGUGAUGUAAACAAAACCACAAAUUGUACUGUUUUUUGGUCAUGUAUAUAAUUUUUACCAUACA